UGCUCCGUGCGUGCAAAGGCCGAGACGACAGCGUUGCACGUGACAGACUUUGCCAAUCGUAACUGACUCACGCAUAUUGAUUACAUACACAGUGUCACUAAAUCGCCCGACACGGCGUCGACUAGAGCUCUUUGGGAAGUUGGGACUGUACUCUCGUCAGAUCGAGCCUAGCUUGUAUUGGCUCCUGUCAUUCAAAGCCCCUCAGUCGGGCAAGCGCCACAAUCAAUACCCACAUGCCUCGCCGCGGUGAGCGCACACGGCCCGAUAUCACAUCAAGGAGAAGGUUAUUACUUCAGCGUGGACCGCCCCAGAAAAGUCUUUCUCGGUGUCGUAAAUAGCUCACGGUCUUUACUAAAGGAUUUCCAGUGAGAGGUUAGUUGUUCCCAAACUCUUCCCAGAUCGGUGAAGAUAGCUGGGCGAGCCUGAAGCUUCUGUGACGGGUCCAUUAUAGUAUAUCGCGCUCGCCUCUCGAAAUAGCUUCUCGGGCGAAACAGAUUGAUCAGCUAGCCAUUCGUUUUUGUUGCAUUGCUCUCCACGAUGAGGCGACGGAAGGGUAAUCGCGGGCGACCCAGGAAAGUUAAGAAAGGACGCUUUCCUAAACUGAGGGAGAGUACACCGUUUGAUUCAAAACUUUGUGAAAACAACUCCAACGACCAGACGACAAGUUUGAAAAGUGACGACGCCGUGACUGGAGUUAUUGGGUUGGAUAAGACCGGUCCUUUCAGCUACCGUGUCGGCAGUGUGAAUAUCGAACUGGAAGGAUCUGAGGAGGAUAUCAAACCAGUCAUCCAGGAGAAUGACAUUAUGUUGGAGGUCGAGUGUGGAUCAAAUACCGCAAGUAUGUUUUUGUCAAGACUUUGCCAAGGGAGCAAGGGGUCGUGUAUUGAGUUUGAUGGAGCCUGGUUAACUCCCAACGAGUUUCAGUUCGUCAGUGGACGGGAGACGGCUAAAGACUGGAAAAGAUCUAUCCGACAUUUUGGACGAAGCUUAAAACUCCUAAUUACUAAAGGAAUAUUGACUGUCCAUCCCGCUGCUUGUCGAUGCGACAGCUGUCGUCUGCUUUCCUCAACGACAAACGAGCCGAAACUUGUGAAAGACAAACGUGAACGGGACCUAAGGGAAAGGGCAAGCAAAGGAUGUGUCGGGUCACCGUCAGGAUCCGACAAGGAGGAGGGGGGUAGUCGAGCAAGCGAAGACGAUGGGAGCGAAGAAGCUGACGAAGAGAGUCAGGAGUCGGGCGAGAAUGGGGAUGAAGACAGUGGGUCUGAGGAAGAGGAAGAAGAGGGGAAGGUAGAGGAGAACAACAACGAGGCUGGUGAAAAGGAGUCAAGCAGUAGUGACGGCUCAUCUUCAUCUGGUUCAUCUUCUUCCGGUUCUGAAUCUGGGUCUGAUGAAGACGAGAAGAAGGACGAAGAAGAGGAGGAAGAAGAGACUACACAAGAAGAAGCUGUGGCGGAAGAACCAACGGAAAUUGUUCCCGAAAGUAUUGAAACUCCAGUUGAAGUUGGUAACACAGUUGAUGAAGAUGAGGAUAUACCUGAAGAAAUGGAGGUUGCUGAGGCUACCCAAGAGGAUGAAGGAGGGAGUGAGUCUGUUGUAGAAGAGGAAGAAGAAAUGCCAAAUGAGGAGGGUAAUGUUGUUGAAUCUAAGGACGAGGAUAGUAUUCCUGCUUUGGAAGAAAAACACGACGUCGAAGCUGAACCAGAGACUCCUAUGGAGGAAGAGGAAGAGGAAGUGGAGGAGGAAGAGGAAGUGGAAAAAGAAGAGGAGGUCGAAUCCAAGGCUGAGGAGAUGGAGAAGUGUGAAACCGAGGACACACCAAUGGAGGAAGAUAGUUCCGUGAAGGAAGAAGAGGCUGUCGAACCAACUGAGUCGUCCGAGCAAGCUGAAAGUGAGACCGUCGAAACUUCUUCCGUUUGUGCCAACGAGAUGGAAGACUCCAAGAGCUUGGGGGAGUCAAGGGCGAGUUCUCCAGUAGAUGUCAAACCAGAAGAUGUGCUAACUGACAGUGUUCCUGUGGUAGAGUCGGACAAGACGAAACAACUAACUGAGGACGAAACUAGUCGGGGUAGUGUCAGCAGUGCCCCCAGCGUUGACAGUAGCAUUAAAAACUCCUCCGACCGUGAACAAACCCCGACCCCUCGCAAGCUUUCCACACCAACCUUACCUGAAGUGUGUGUCAAGAAAAACGCAGAACGGUCAAACAGCGGCGGAGGUAAAUCUCGCCUGAGCAACAUUAUUGAUCUUCUGAGGACAUCGAAAGAAAAAGAGACCCAAAAACAAACGCCGCCAGACAGACCUGAAGAAAAACGCCAAGAAACGCGACAGCCAGAAGUGAAGGAUGUUAAAACUCCUUUUCCCCAUCCACAAAGACGUGACGAAGCCAAGUCCAGGAAACCAGAGCGGGAAGAACCGUCGGUUCAGAAACCAUCCAGAGAGGACGCCAGAAUGAGCGAGAAAGCCCGUGAAGCGAUGCGGCUUCCCAUGGGUCGGCUUCCGUUUGGUUUCCCACCACCAGAGAUCUUAGAACGCGCCAGUAGAGAAGCUCACGAACAACUGUCAAAGAGCCAUAGGCAGUUUGAAAAGAACCUCGAAUCUCUCAUCACCCAAAAUAUGAAUCCAUUCAUCCCGGAACUAAGUAUCUUCUCCUUACCGGAACAUCGUGCACAGCUGGAGUAUAACUACAUCAAGAAUAUGGAACGUCUGGAUCAAAUGGCGAAAGAACGGAUGGCAUCAAUGGCCGAGAUGCGCCACCAACAACUUCUUCGAGAACACAAUAGCUUCGUGGCCAAAUUGGCGGAACAUCAGAAGCCGAAGCCUGUCAGGUCGGAGUCCAGUGAACACAGGAAUAAUAGGGAGAGUGUUAAGAAACCCAUGGCUCCAAGUAAACGUUCUGUGCCCGAUGGUAAUUCGUCAUCUUUACCAAAGGUUCCACAUGCACACCGAGCAAUGCCGGAAGUCAGAAAAGACAAACCAGAUCACAGAACACUCCAAACGCCCCCUGCAGCACAUCACCAUCACCCUUCGAGUCGACCACCAAGUACCGGAAAUAAACCACCGUCCGCGCUUCCGCUUCCGGCUUCAACCGGAAGAGCGGCUCACCCAACAGGUCCAAGUGCGACACAGUCCCGGAGCUCCCCGAUGGUGGCACCAAUAGCCCCUCCACUCCAGAUGUGGUCGUCCUGCUUUCCAUAUGUAAUUCCACCACCGACAAUAGAAAUGCAAAGACUUACUCAGUUUUUCCCCAACCUUAACGGAGGGAUGUUCUCAGCGGAAACGGGCGAGAAACGUCAAACGGAGUCCCCAAUACUUGACCUUUCCACGAAAAAGAGAAAAAUGGACGAUAAUAGCUAUGAACAUCGCAGCAAACAAGCAAAAUUGUCUUCCAGCUCACGAUCAGUUCAUCCUCCACAUGCUAACGGAUUACAAAGAGAUCGCCACUCUCAUAAAGAUUUCAGUGCUAAAGACAGACCGAUGUGGGCCAACUUUGAAAGAAGUGGCGCUGUUGCUUGCACAUGCGCAUUACAGCAUUUAAACGACAUCCGGCACUGGUCCGUGGAGGAUGUAUGUUGUUUCCUUAAAGGACUGGAAGGAUGCUCUCCAUAUGUUGAUACAUUCCGUCGAAAUGGAAUUGAUGGUAAUACAUUACUUCUACUGACGUCAGACACAUUGAUGAAGUCCCUCGGCAUGAAGAUCGGAGCCGCAACGUUCCUCACAGAAGCCGUAGCAAGGCGUUCAAGAGAACUUCAGAAGCUUGUGCCAUGUGAAUACUGCAGGUUUAAGAACCAAAAGGGCUAACCUCCCUGUAGUUGUGUUUUGGUGGUGCUUAACGGACGCCAUGACCCAGUUGAUCUGGAACUUUAGGAUUUGUACAUACGGUCGGUGUAUUUUGCAAUAGACCGGCCUGUACGAUUCGUCGUAGGGAUGUCGUCAACAAACGAUGGCGUGACAGGAACGGGAUGUAUAUUUUGGUUGAAUUUCUUCUGAAGGGACUGCUCAGCUGGUACUCAUUUAUCAUUCUCUCGUUUUGGAGAGAUCCGGGACCAUGAGGUCAAUCCUCUGUCGGUAUUUGUGUUCAGAGUCCGAGUGUCAUGUGUUGUUGUUUCACGGAGGGUACCCGGCAGUUUUUGGAUACGUCAACUUGAAAAAUUCCAAAAUUUCUUCUUCAAAGUGAACACGAAAAUCCGUCACAAUCUGCUCGGAUCUAGUGAUCAUAAAUAUGUUAUCACUGACAGGUCUUUAAUCCAUGUAGCUCAUUCCAUUAAACAGUGGACCAAUGAAUAGCUUCUUUUACGUCACGUGACUGAUAUAGACAUAAUCACCAAGACAUUCAUCACCCCGCCAUGAUGUAUUGAUAUACAAACAUUUCACAGUCAUUCGUGUACAGAAUGUUAAACAUGCAGUGUGUCCUUAUUUAUUGCUUUGUUGAUUUCAUAUCUGUAUGAUAUCUACAUGUGUACAUUUCACAAAUGAGUGACAAUCGCAGAUGUCAAAGUCUCGCCAUUGCUGUCAUCUAUGCGUGUUCAGUAAGUUAUUUGCGUCCGGUGGUAUAUUGUCCGAACGUUGAUCCAUAUCUACAACUAUGCACUCUUCGUCUAUUCCACGCACUAUGCAGUCAGUGGUGUCAAUUUCAGUGAUGAAAUCGAUUACCUUUGAAAGACAUCUUCCAAGUCAGACCAGAUGUGUGUCCGUAAUAAAUAAGGGUUUUACACGGAAACUCUCCGGCUGGUCCUAAGGUUCGUGGGAAACUUGAAGGACUUUUUGUUGUCUUGUUUUUUGUUUUAAAUAUACAAAAUAUACGUUACACUAAGAUUUUAAUGGUAAAACCAAUGAAUAAGCUAUGGACAGAUAACAUCAAAUUCCUGUCCAAUCGUUCAUCAUAGAAUUUUAAGAAUAAUUUUAAAAAUAUUCCAUUUCAUAUUAACGUUUCUGUUAGAUAUUUAUUUUUAAGUUUAAAUUUUUAAUCUAUUCACGGACACAUUUCUGAUGGUGUGAACAAAAUAUAUGAUGGACUCUGUUGUUUUUGUUAAUGCGAUGACAUAUAGUAUUAAGCUUCUGUUAUGCAAUCAAUAUACAUUGAUGUGUUUUACAUCCGAUCGUUUCCAUGUUAUUAUCGUGCCAUAGGCGCUGCUCGUGGAACCAAUGUACAUCUGAAAUAAAUAGCUGUUACACGCAACGACCCCGUAACUAGCCUGCUUUUGAACUGCCAUAGUCAGCUUUCCUCGUCUUUUUGCGAAAGAAAUUCGUGCAAGAUCAUUCACAUACUUCUCCACUGUGGUUGUGAAUCCCUUCCGGAAAUGACGUCAUGUGUGAACUUCUAGCGGAAGUCAAAUGGCGUUCACUUAGCAAAUGUCAGUUUUUAGUAUGAAUGAAUCAGCGACGGCAACGAUAACGGCCGGCCGCGUUAUGACGAUGUUGUUAUAACAGCCCCACAGAAAUCGUCAGCUGUGCUCCGCCAUAAUCUAUAUCUUGGUAUUUUUGCAGCAGCUUAUAUGGGAUCGGUUGCGUUUGACAUGCUCAUAUUUCUAACCAAAUGAAGUGUGCUUUGAAGUCUCGGGAUUUUACAAAUCGAUUGAGAUCGUUAGUGGAAACAUUCACAAGACCUUUGACACUUUUUACAUUACGACAAGGUAAGGCUUUUUGGCAGAAAUUCAUGCGGCGCAAGGUCGCGACAUUGUUCGACUAUUGAAUGGAUUAGUGUGUUAAAGCUUUAAACCUGAACCCAGGGAUCUCUCAUUUUACUUUGGAUUGAAAUAUGAGUCUGUCUCGCUGUGUAACAAACCUGCUAUAAUGAACGGCCUCUCAAGAAAUCUGUCAAAUCGCGUAAAACCAAUAUGGCGGAUGUGCCUCUGUGCUCGAAAAACGUGCGCAACAUAAAUGGUUGUACAUAUGUCUGAAAGCUUAUGUUGAGAUGAAAAUGUUUGUAAUAAACAGCCUGGUAGAUA